GUGUUCUAUUGUAGGAAACAACGAACCACAUUAACGCUAGGGACUCAUUAGUUUAAUUACGCAUUUCUUCCGCAAAUGACUCAAGAUAUUAUGCCGCUGCUGCACUCCGUAACACCGCUUGACCUGAAGCAGCUCUCACGGCAACAGAAGGUGGAACUGCUGCACCAAAACCGCACCGGAAUGUAUCACAACGCGAACGCGGUUCUCUUCUUAGCAACCGACCUCCUCGCCGGGGGAUCGACCGGGCUCAGCACGGUUGAGCUUUACGAGGUGUACGAUCAGAUUCUUGUUGCCUUGCUGGAGUGCGGUAGGGCAGCGCAUGCGCGGCGGUACUUGAACCUUUUGAAAAAAAAAUUCGGCCACAAAUCGACGCGUGUUAUGCUGCGUCAUGGGAUGUGUUUGGAGGCGGAGGGGAGCCUUGAGGAGGCCAAGGCCGUUUACGACGCCGUCCACAAGGCGAGCCCCACGAACGACUUUGCCAUCAAACGGCUUAGCGCGGUCUACAAGGGGCAGGGUGAUUACCAAGCUGCUAUCAACAUCCUAGAGAAGGAUAAGGUCUUUACUGACGAGGAGGGGCAGAGUUACACCUUUCUUGAAGUCCACCGCGGUAACGCCCUUCUAGUUUACAAGGAGUUGAGCAAUCUGUACUACCUCAUAGGCAACUUGGAUAAGGCGAUCGAAUACAUCGAGGAGGCGAGUCUGUUUGAGGCCAACUCGUAUUUCUUCCACACACGCCUGGCGGAGCUCUAUUACAUGAAGAAAGACCUUCGGCGCGUCGUCGUGGAGUACUCGCAGUCGCUGAUUCUGAAUCAGAAGCCCAACAACUCCCGUUCGGCAUACGGCCUCUGUCUAGUGGUGAAUGAAAUUCUCAAGAAUCACCAAUCUGGGGUGCAACGGCUGGACGAGGAGGAGGAGACUCAAAUGCGUGAACUACGAGAUAUGGCGGCUGACACCUUGCGAUGUAUGUACGCGGGGAGUCCUACACUGUCACAUCUCGAAGCAUUUUUUCAGCGGGAGUUCUGAGGUCAUCAAAGACGCGGACAGAGGAAGGAUUUGUAGUAGGAGGGAUUGCCGAAUAAACUGAGGGUACCGGAGUCGUGCCUGUACAAGGGAAUAUACGCUAAAAUUAUAACGAAAAAUCUAUCAUGCUAUCAAUUCUUAUCACUACUUUGUUUUCUAUUGCGUGGUAGCAGGCGGGGGAUCCACUCACAUUGCUAGGUGAAGGGGCUUCUGCAUUGGUAACCUGAUCGGAAAGGUUGACAGCUAUAGGAGGUUUCGAAAUUUAUUAAGUUUGAGUUCGUCGGUGUUGUUCUUUAAAAGCCAGUGGUAUUCGUUCUUAAAUACGUCAGUUUAAUAAGAUGGAUUAGUUCUACAGAUAUAUAUAUAUAUAUAUUUCGAGGGGGGAUAUAUA